CUAUUCACCAACACAUCUACGCGUCUUCUCUAUUUAUUUCUAUUGCACGGACAAUUUUUACGCACCGGUCAAGACUUGAGCUUCUAAGAUAGCGUAAUGACGCAAACGGACCUCAGGAAAUAUCCAGCUCAAACUAAAACCUGCCUAUAGUUUCAUUCAAGAUGGUUUUAGAAACGAUUUCAAGGAUCAUAAAAAUCCAGCUUCCAGCCUACCUCAAGAAGCUCCCCCUUCCCGAAACGAUUGGAGGAUUUGCGAGGUUAACAGUCUCUGACUGGCUCCGGUUGCUGCCUCUCCUGGGAAUCUUGGCCCUGCUGGGCUACCUCACCAUCAGGCCCUUCCUGCCCAAGAAGAAGAAGCAGAAGGACAGCCUGAUCAACCUGAAGAUCCAGAAGGAGAACCCCAAAGUGGUCAACGAGAUCGAUAUUGAGGACUUGAAGAGAACAAACGUCUGCUACUGCCGCUGUUGGCGCUCCAAAACGUUUCCUGUUUGUGACAAAUCACACAUAAAGCACAACGAGUUGACUGGAGACAACGUGGGGCCUCUCAUACUCAAGAAGAAGAUAUUAUAAUCCAUCUUUAACACUGUAAUGGAGUCGUCGUCUUUAUUCCCUUCUGUCUUUAGUUACUUUAAACAUCUGUCUUUUUUUGUCUGUAUUUUAGGGCAUGGCCUUUUGCACUCUGCCAAUUUGUCUUUUUUUUUGGUUAAAAAAAUGAUGUGGCGCAUACUUUGCUUUUGGUAAUGAUAUGCUGGAGAAAUGUUGGUGACGCCUUAACUCCUCAAAGAUUUUUACCAUCAACACUUUUGUGAAUCCUAUUUAUUUGAACUUGGCAAUAACUGAGAAGGUUUGAAAGGUUUUAUGUUAUCACCACUCCCUCUUAUUGUCUCCUGACAAGUUUUUGUACAGUGGCCAUUUUCCAGUCCGGCUAUCUCUCACUCUCUCGUUAGAAACAACAGUUUACCUUGGUCUCCUUGGUAGCGCCGCUCGGUUCCAAACUAUUGGGACCACAUUGAGGGGAAUUUAAGACAUUUCAGAACAUCUUAAUUUCACUAAACUCCUCCCCUCAAGAAACAAUGAACCCUUGUUUUUCUACACCAAAAUAUUUAAGUAACUCAUUUUUUUGCCUUUACAGUAUCAAACAUGUCAGUUGUCCAAUUUCCUUUGCAUUCAGACAAUGUCAUGCAAAUAUUUCCUAAUUCAUUCAACAACAUAAGAUUUGAAGAAGGGAUCUGCUCCUUUGGUUACUGAUCCUUACGUUAAUGACCAAUUACAGUACAUAGAUCUGUAUUUUUCAUGUUUUACUGGAAUUUAGGCAAACUGUGCCCGCCUGCAUACUUUUGUAAAAUAAAAGAAAAUUGACCUGA